AUGUUGCCCGCUAUCAGGAUCAUUGGCGGCAGGCGCUUCGCCGUCAAGGGAGCUUCUGCUCUCAACGCCACCUUCGCCCGCUCUGCUUCGACCUGGGCGAACGUGCCUCAGGGCCCUCCUGCUAUUCUUGGCAUCACCGAAGCUUUCAAGGCCGAUAGUUUCGACAAGAAGAUCAACCUCGGUGUUGGUGCCUACCGUGACGAUGCUGGCAAGCCCUACGUCCUCCCCUCCGUCCGCGCGGCUGAGGACAAGAUUGUUGCUGCCCGCUUGAACAAGGAGUACGCCGGCAUUACUGGUGUUCCCGAGUUCACCAAGGCCGCCGCCGAGCUCGCCUACGGCAAGGGCAGCUCCGCCCUCGACCGCCUUGUCAUCACCCAGACCAUCUCCGGAACUGGUGCUCUGCGCAUCGCCGCUGCCUUCCUUGCCCGCCACUACCCCGGCGCCAAGACCAUCUACAUCCCCAACCCCUCGUGGGCUAACCACGGCGCCGUCUUCAACGACUCUGGCCUCCAGGUCCAAAAGUACAGGUACUACAACAAGGACACGAUUGGCCUCGACUUUGAGGGCAUGAUUGCCGACAUCAAGGCCGCCCCCAAGGGCAGCGUCUUCCUCUUCCACGCUUGCGCCCACAACCCCACCGGUGUCGACCCCACCCAGGAGCAGUGGAAGGAGAUUUCCAAGGCCGUCGCCGACGCCGGCCACUUCUCCUUCUUCGACAUGGCCUACCAGGGCUUCGCUUCCGGCGACAUCAACCAGGAUGCCUUCGCUGUCCGCCACUUCGUCGAGCAGGGCCACAACAUCAUCCUUGCCCAGUCCUUCGCCAAGAACAUGGGUCUCUACGGUGAGCGUGUUGGCGCCUUCUCCAUUGUCUGCGAGAACGCCGAGGAGAAGAAGCGUGUCGACUCCCAGGUCAAGAUCCUUAUCCUCAACACCCCCGCCCUCUACAACCAGUGGCUCGCUGAGGUCAAGGAGAUGGCCGACCGCAUCAUCACCAUGCGCGCCCUCCUCAAGGACAACCUCGAGAAGCUUGGCUCCAAGCACGACUGGUCCCACAUCACCAGCCAGAUUGGCAUGUUUGCCUACACUGGCCUCACCCCCGAGCAGAUGGAUGCCCUCGCCAAGGAGAACUCGGUCUACGCCACCCGCGACGGCCGUAUCUCCGUUGCCGGUAUCACCAGCGCCAACGUUGGCCGCCUUGCCGAGUCCAUCUUUAAGGUCAAGGGUUAA